UAUAAUAUGUUGCUUUAUUGUAUACCUAUAAACUUUCACACUGUUGGUCAGAGGAUUGUGAAUAAAAUUCCCUGUGAGCCUCAGAACCAAGGCCAUAGUGAGAGCAAGCAAGAUGUUUGGUGCAAUGAAGCUUAUGAAUCAGUCUUUUAGCAUGAGCUUUACUCCAGUAUCCCAGCCUAUAGUGACAGAAAAUGUUACUCCAACUGGUGUCAGAAAGGGCAUCGCCGUGUUAGCGCCACGCGACACACCACAUACCCACGAUGCCUUGAUUACGAAACUGCGAGAUGCCCUGCGUUGCAGCCCAGCCCUCACUCCUGGUUCCACCAGCCCACGUGUGUGCAGUUCAGCUUUAGUGAACUGGGGGUGUAUGUGGCAGAGCGUACUGUAGUGAAAUCUGGGUCACCCCGACACACACAAAAGCUGUUGGGUCGGCGCCUCGGUUCUCACUCUUUCCGCAGCAGCCUCUUCACAAGCUCUGAGCUGGGACUUUCCAUGCGCGGGUCCUCCAGUUCCUGUGUGGGGUGCUGCACCGUUUUUCAUCUCCACACAGCCCAGAGGCAAACCCUGAGCUGCACCAAAAAGGCUCUGCUGAACCACUCUCUUUCUCUCUCCCCUGCUCUUCUUCACCUCCUGCCCUUCCCUUCUUCCUUUUUUUUUUUAUCUCUCACACUCAAAAUUUCCAUCCUUUCCCCUGUUUAUACAACCGCUGACCCCCCACACAAACAACCAGCAUCAGAGACGCCAAGGAGGACGAGAGGAGAAGAAGAAGAGCACCACCAUAACCCUUCAGUGGGACUGCAGUGUGACUGAGAGGCGCAAGGUGUCAUGACCCCACGGGAGCACCUCAGGAAGAUGACAGCAUUGGGCGAGCAGAGCGCUCUGGACGAGAAGCACUGGUACAGGCUGGUCAACGGGAUGUCGGCAGCAGAGCUGCGACAGAGACAGGAGCUGAUGAUGAGGAAUCAGAUGGCUAUGGCCCCCCAGCUCCUGGCCCAGGGGCAGCAGCGUCUUCAGGGAGUGCCGGGACAGUUUGAGCCACGCUUCAUAGAUCGGGAGCUUGUGCCUCCGCCAGAGAUGGUGCCAUCUGAAGCCAGGCAGAUUCACAUGGGUGCUCACUUAGGACCCCCUUUGCCCCCACACCCCAGCGUGAUGCCGGCCAGGGGGUUCCCGCCAGCAGGAUACAGUUUCCUUCCCUCAGAACCCAUGGAAACAGUUGCCCGGCGACAGGAAAUGAUUCAUAAACAGAAUAUGGCCAGAAUGGAAAUGAAUGCCAUCCUUCACCAGAAGGAGCUGGAAAAUGCCCAUCAAAAGGGCCUCAUGGGUAUGGACUCGCCCAUGAUGUACCAAGGGAUACCCACCAAUGCCAUAGCCUACAGGGGGCGCCAGCGCAUGCCUGAAGGUCACCUCCCCAGUGACGUCUUUGUCCAUCGCACCACUCUGGAGGACCUCCAGCCUAAUAAUCUGCUCAUGUCUGCCAGCCCCUACCCUCCAAUCAACACGCUGCAGAGGGAAAGGGGAAGAAGGGCGAGUCGGAGGACGGCCAAUCACAAAAUGACAGACACGAGUACGGUUGGAGUGAAGGGCCAGUCAGAGGACAAGAGUGUGGAACAGAGCCCUGGGGCCUCCGGAGAGGAGAAGGAGGCUGAGGCGAAAGGGGAGCCGGAGAGCCGCUCGGCGACCAAGCCGGAUCAGACGAAGCUGGACACGGAGCUGACCUCUAGCGCUGGAAAGAGUUACAAGGAAUGUGACGAGGUCCUUCGAAAGAACUGCAUAGACAAUCAAGAUGGAUGCGCGGAUGCCGCAAACUGCAGCACAGGUGCUGGCGACAAGGAAAUUCCCAGCACAUGUUCAGCUUUCCAUGAGAAGUUUGUUUACCCUUCACCCUCCGUGCCGCUCACAAGCAUGCCUUAUGUGUUUCCGAUGCCCAGCAAUGGACUCUUACCCCCUGGAGCUCACAGUUUUCUCAACGGAGAAGAGAUAUCAUCCACAGAGGAUUUGCGAAAAUGGACUGUGGAUGACGUCUACAACUUCAUCAGCAGCAUUCCCAGCUGCUCUGAGUAUGCGCAGACGUUCAAAGAUCAUAUGAUUGAUGGAGAGACCCUACCGCUUCUCACUGAAGACCACCUCCUGGAUACCAUGGGGCUGAAGCUUGGUCCUGCUUUAAAGAUCCGAUCUCAGGUAUCCCGACGGCUGGGCAGUAUACUUUACAUGAUGAGCCUUCCUCUUCCAGCUACCGCCACCUUGCAGGCCCCAUCAGAGAAGGCAGGGGACCGCUCAUCAGAGAUCAGCUCUCCUCUGAACUGCAAUAGUGUAGACAUGUUGGGGAGCCCCUGCUCCAGGGACACAGAGAGCACAAAGCCACCAGAGCCCUUGUCAGGGCAGGAGAACCCCCCUCCUCCAGUCAUGAACGAAGCCAUCUGAGCUCAAAGGACAGAAAGGAGCGCUAGACAUGCCUUGGUCACAUACAUCCUGCAUUCUGCCAAGACUUAAUUCUCAUUUCCAGUCAAGUGACUGCAUAAUUCAGCUGAAAAGUAGAGCCACAUUCAUAAUCCACAGGAUUUUAUGGCAAUAUUUGGUUUAUUCCAGAACCGUUCCCCAAAUUUAUUGAAAUGUAUUUAAUAAGGUCAAGCUGCAGGCCUUUUUCAGAAAGGUAUCUGCCGUAGACAGUAUUCAGUAAAUCAGAAAUAACAUACUACCUAGCAGAAAAAAUUCAUUUUACAAUAAGAGGGCAAGGUAUUUCACAUUACAUGCACGGAAUUGAAUACAAUUUGUAAUGCAUAAUGUGGCUUUAUUAUAAAUGGUUUUGUAAAUGGUUUUAUUAUAAACUUUU